AUGCGCGCCCCAUCCCCGCUCGUGCUUCGGAGCUUGGGCUCGCGAGUUGCACCGCGCAGCUGCCGCCCAGGACAUUUCACCGUACCAACUGGCAGAACUCUCCCUUACACAAAGUCGAGGACAGUAGCCAGCUAUACGCACCCGCACCAUGCCUCCGCCCUCUCCGUACUGCCCACCGCGGUCGAUACCUCUUCGCCUGAGUACCGAGAGAACAGCCAGCAGAUGCAAGAGCUCCUAGAUCGGAUGAGCACCCUCCACACGAAGAUCUCCCAAGGUGGGUCGGAAAAGGCUCGCGAAAAGCACAUCUCCCGAGGCAAGAUGCUUCCUCGAGAUCGAGUGUCGGCACUCAUUGACCCAGGGACUUCCUUCAUGGAACUGUCCCCGCUCGCCGGACACGAGGUGUACGAAGGAGAAGACGUACCAGCUGGUGGAAUCAUCACUGGCAUCGGCACAGUCGAAGGAGUAAACUGUAUGAUCGUCGCCAACGACAGCACCGUCAAGGGCGGCACCUACUACCCCAUCACGGUGAAGAAGCACCUACGCGCGCAAGCAAUCGCACAGGAGAACAGACUCCCUUGCAUCUACCUCGUUGAUUCUGGCGGUGCCAACCUUCCCCAUCAGGCAGAUGUCUUUCCAGACCGCGAUCACUUCGGCCGUAUCUUCUUCAACCAAGCCCGCAUGAGUUCCCUCGGCAUCCCCCAACUCUCGGUCGUCAUGGGCCCCUGCACCGCCGGCGGCGCCUACGUCCCCGCCAUGAGUGACGAAACCAUCAUCGUCGAGAACCAGGGUACCAUCUUCCUUGCCGGACCACCGCUCGUGAAAGCCGCUACCGGCGAAGAAGUCUCAGCCGAAGACCUAGGCGGCGGCCAGCUACACUCCAGCAUCUCCGGUGUAACGGAUUAUCUCGCUGUCGACGACGCACACGCACUCGUCCUUGCCCGGCGCUCCGUCGCGAACCUAAACUACCCUCUCACCAAAUUGCCCCAACAACUGGAAGAGCUCACGGUGAAAGAACCGCUUUACGACCCCGCCGAAUUAAACGGUAUCGUGGGGACAAAUCUGCGCCGCCAGAUCCCGGCGCACGAGAUCAUUGCUCGAAUCGUCGAUGGAAGUGAAUUUGCCGAGUUCAAGCGGGAUUAUGGCACCACGCUGGUAACAGGCUUCGCGCGGAUCCACGGCCACCGAGUCGGAAUCGUCGCGAAUAAUGGUAUCUUGUUCUCGGAGUCUUCGCUCAAGGGCGCGCAUUUCAUUGAGCUCUGUGCACAACGUCGGAUCCCGCUAGUCUUUUUGCAGAAUAUUUCAGGGUUCAUGGUUGGGGCUGAUGCGGAGAAGGGUGGUAUUGCAAAGAAUGGAGCCAAGCUUGUUACGGCUGUUGCUUGUGCUGAUGUCCCCAAGUUUACGGUUGUGUUUGGGUCCAGUGCUGGUGCUGGUAACUACGGCAUGUGUGGCCGCGCCUACUCCCCCCGCCUGAUGUUCAUGUGGCCGAACGCCAAAAUCGGCGUCAUGGGUUCGGAGCAGCUAUCCGCCGUGAUGGAGGCCGUCGGACGAUCCGCUGACCCAGCAUUGAAAGCUCGAAUUGACCACGAGUCUGAAGCAAUCUUCUCUUCUGCUCGACUCUGGGAUGACGGUGUGAUCCCGCCGGCGCAGACGAGAAAGAUGCUUGGACUUGGCCUGGCGGCUGCUGUUAGCGGGAAGACCGAGCCGGAUGUUCAGACCAGGUUUGGCGUGUUCCGGAUGUAG